AGAUGGCGCCUCACGCAACUUUAUUUCAAGGCCACAAACAUCACUUCAUAACGAGAUGUAUCGUAGUUAAGUGUUAUUAGUUGACAAAAACGUUAUUUUCCAAAUGGCUUGGUUGCAAAAUUUAGCAGGGAAGGCGGAAGACUUACUCAAUAAAAUCGACAAAAACGCCGCCAACGUUCUAAACGAUAACUUGCCCAAAAAUGAGUCUAACGAUCCAGAAUGUUAUAUCCAAGCUAUUCCUACUGUUAAAUCCACUUCCAAGUUUAUUGAGGUAGAAGUUUCAGAUCAUAAUGAUCAUAAUAUGUCAAUACAAGCUGUUGAAAAGGUUGAGCGAGAUGAAAGUGAUGAUGGUGUUAAUGUUUUAAACCCGCCAGAAAUAAAUAAUGCAGAAAUGCAACUUUCAACAUCUUCAUCAUUAUUGUCAAGAGAAAAUAGUUUCCACAUAAUAGAUGAGUUUCAAAUAAACAUGGAAGAAAAGAUAUUAAAAUUAGAGUCUGAUAACCGCGAAUUAAAUAAGCAAAUAUUAAACCUACAACAUUUAUACUCAGAGUUACAAAACGAAAAUAUUAAUGUUAAAUCUCAAUUAGAACGAGCCAACGAAUCAGUAUCAAUAGCCCAAAAUGAAAUGGAACAGUAUAAAAAUCGCGCUCAAAGAAUCCUACAAGAAAAAGAAAAACUUUUAUCACAUAAAUCAUCAAGUAACGAAAAUUCCUCCUCAGAAAAUGAGUCCGAUAAAUUUUUAAACAAAUAUAACAACCAAUUAAAAGACGAAUUAGUAUUCCAACAAACCAAAAACAACGAACUUACAAAGAAAAUCGACGAUUUAAACGCGUCUUUAAAUGAUUUACAACGAAAUUACGUCGAUUUACAAAAAUCUCAUCACCUAUCCAUACAAAGUAUUAAAGAAAGCCUGAACAAUGAGAAGAAAAUGCGCGGUUUCGUCGAAGAAGAAUGCCGAAUUAAAACGAAAGAGCUUCAAUCCAGCUUAAACGAACUCAACGAGACGAAAAAUUUGUUAAAUUUAACUGGGAAUGAGCUAAAAGAAACGAGAAAUCGCCUAAAGGAGUUUACCGGCGUGGGAAAAGUGGGAGAUUUUGAAUCAAGAUUACAUUCUUUAACUCAAACUUUAAUGGUUAAACAAAACACACUUGAAACGAUCACUUCUGAAAGAAACGCGUUGAGAAUUCAACUUGAAAAAUUAGAGAACGAAUUCCAAAAAGUGAUUGCACAAAAAGAGAGGGUACAAAUUGUUGUGAGCGAUGUUAAUGAAACUGAUGAUGUAAAAUCUCAAGUACCUAAAUUUAUGAUACCUUCACCGUUUGAUGCGGGGGUUACCCGGCGGGUAAAACACGCUUAUUCAACUUUGGACGCAGUUAGUGUUCGAACUGGGGUAUUUUUGAGGCGAUAUCCAUUGGCUAGAGUUUUUGUUUUCUCUUAUAUGGUGCUUUUACAUUUAUGGAUGAUGAUUAUCUUAUGUACUUAUAUGCCAAGUAAUAAAUAAAUCGAAUUAAAUCAA